AUGGAGGAAAUGCCGUCCCUACCGUUCAAGAACGACUAUCAGACCGGUGGGACAGAUUACGUGCGCGAAUGCUACGCGGAAUACUAUCACACCAUGAAGACAAUGCUUUUCGAUGGGAGGAAGUGCAUAACCAUUAGCGGGACACCAGGAAUUGGCAAGUCCGUCUUCUACGGCUACUUUUUCCAACGCUUCCGAGAGGAUGAGGGGGGCACGUGA